CACAGCACAGCACAGCUCUGCUCCCACUCACACACACUCACAGCCACAGCACUGACUCCCCAUUUGUUCUGCAGCGCCGAACUCUGUCGUGGUUUGAAGGAAGACCGUUAAGAUGCUUGUUCUUCUGGGGCUCAUCAUUGUGUUUCAUAUAAUAACAGCUGCUCUGCUGUUCAUCGCCACAAUAGACAAUGCGUGGUGGAGAAGUGACAUGUACAGCACUGAUAUAUGGCAGACCUGCUUUAUCAACAACAGCUCCUGCAGUCCGGUCAAGGUCUUGGCUGACAGUAGCUACCUUGAGGCGGUUCAGGCGACCAUGAUCCUCUCUGUCAUCCUCUGCUGUAUCUCGUUCUUCAUUUUCCUCAUCCAACUCUUCCGGCUGCCCAAAGGAGAGCGGUUCCUUGUCGCUGGCAGCUUUCAGCUGCUUUCCAGUCUCUGUGUGAUGAUUGCAGCUUCGAUUUACACAAACCGGAGGGAAAACUUCCAUGACUUUGAUACCGAUAGCAAUUACGGCUACUCAUACAUCCUAGCCUGGAUCGGUUUUGCUUUCACACUGUUGGGUGGUGUCAUGUACAUGGUUUUACGGAAACGCAAAUAGAAACCCUUUUUAAAGCAUUUGCUACAGGUUCGACUUGUAAGAGGCUCGAAAUGACACGCCCUUAGUGUGUCUGUCACCGCAGAGCAAUGUAGGCAGAUGGCAACAGAGAGUUUCCCUUCCAAACAAAUUACAUUUGUUAUACAAAGACAGUCAACAUUAAGCAACAGACAAAUCAUGUGUACUUGCCAAUUUUAUAGUCGUCCUUUUAAAAAAAAACUUUUAUUGUAAAUUCUUUUGAAACCAGUUUGGAAGAUUUUUUUUAUAUAAUGAAAUAACUCCUCGCCUUGUACGUUAAGCUAUUUCAAACCUUUUGUUCUUUUUAACCCAGAACGAGCUAACCUGUGCGUGCGUUUCAGUGUUGGUGAGAGCGUCUCCCUUGUCUUGGCAUCUCAUCGCUUCAAACCAAACUGUUCUGCUCCAACUCAAACAUCGCAAACUGUAAAGCCGUGUCUUGCCAGCCUAGUUUAUCUGCUCCUAGAUUCCUCUAACAUACGAUUAUUUUACAAAAAGUCCUACUUUUGUUACGGAUAUAAAUUCUCAUAAUUAUAUCAGAUGUAAUCUGGGGGGGAGAUGACAGGUUAACAAUCACAGAGCAAGAUGCGCUUUGUGACGCGUUUGGCUGCAGCUGUGCCCAUGUGACCCAGUAAUGCAUGUCAAACACACUACGUUCUGUGGUUAAGUUGUGGCUAUCUUUACUAAACAAUGUGUGGAGACUCUUGUAUUUCCCCAUGGAGGCCCAGAGCGAAUCCCUGCUCGGUUUGCAGUAAAAUCCCAAUAACUGUAUAAACACAUAACUUUUCAGUUCAACCCAAAAUAAUUACAAACGUAACUUUUAUUUUUUUUAAUUUGAUUAUUUUCAAUUUGAUUGUUUUAUUUACUUCCGAGGAGAGCUAGAGCUAGAGCAAGGCAGCCCGGGGUGUAGAUACAUGUGGAAUCUCUUCGCCGCUUCACACCGCUGGCAAUGUAGACUGAGGUCAAAAGAGGCCCAGGCCAGGUGAUGGGAUUGGAUCAACCCACUUUACAAUAUAUUCUGUGAAGCGCUUUGAGGUGUCCCGAAGAC